UGGGGCGUGUAGAGUUAUUGGCUUACCGUCCAGUAGAGAGCAGGCAAAUGGUCGUAGGGCAGGUAUUACUGGGGACGGCCGCGAUGCGCGCAGCAAUCAAUUGGCGAACCAGAAGUCCCUGGCAAGACGAGCAACGAUCACUGGUUGUUGCGAGAAAGUCCCCCGACACCAAUGAGAUCGGACGGAGAUCUAGAUAUAAACGGUGGUUUUCCAACGGAGGGGACUUGAUAGAUGAAAUUGAUGAUGAUGCUAGAUUUAAUGGAAUCGCGAUUGAUGAGUGUUGAAUGCUUGCUCACU